AUGCCGAUUUUUGGUGACCACACGCUCACUGCAGUUACUAUCAAAAUCAAUCAAUUAGUAGAGCACAAAAAUGAUGAGGUUGAAGAUUCAAUGGAAUUGUACUUAUCAGACUUGCUUGGAUUGAUAAAUGUUCAGCGACAAACAGGAGCAACUGAAGCAACAAGAGCGAUCAGGAAGAAAAUCAAAUAUGGUGAUAGUGUACAGGAACAGAUACGAGCAUUACAACUUUUAGAGCUUUUGGUUCUCAAUUCAGGGACCAAAAUUGGACCCAUCAUUGCUCGCGACGAUAAAUUGUUGGAUGUCUUGAAAGGAAUUAUCAAUGGUCAUGGUAAAACGGGGUCGGGCACCAACUAUCACCCACGAGUUCAAAAGACAGUGAUCAACAUGGCAAUUGGGUGGAAAUCUGAACUUGAUGGUUUGGAGGGAUACAAGUAUAUGCAGGGAUUGUACAGAACGAUUCCUGGCAUGAAGAAACGCUCUAAAGCUGCUUCUCGACUGACUGGUGGUGGGACACCUAGACGUGGCAAUGAUGACGAUGACGAUGACGAUGUGUUUGACAAUGACUCCGAUCCAUAUGGCGACGACCAUGCUUACAAUGACGAACGUUCUGUUUCUGAUUCACCUCCACCAUCAAGUUCUAGGUCCCCUAAAGUUCCUCCACCAAGACCUACCACGGCUUCACCGUACUCAAUAAGUAAUAGAAAGUCGUCAAAUAAGAAAGAUAAAUCCCAAAAGAAAAAGAAAAAGAGGACAAAGAAUGGAAUCGUUUAUGCAGAUUCCGAAUAUGGUAUCCCACAGAUCAAUUACAAGUUGGAAGCACCAAAGAUUAGACAUGUGUUGACCGAGAGUAGUGAUUAUUCAAUCACUCUAAACAAUCAAUUGUUGCAACUCUCACCAGACUUAUUACCUCAAGAUGAUGAUGCGAUUAUGGAAAAUUUUCAGAAAUGUAAGAAAAUCAGGCGUAAGGUUUUGAAAUACUUGCAAUUUGUUGGUGCUGGUGACCCUCUGGAGAAGUCACUGGAAGUUGCCAAACAAGAUGAGGAAUUUUUGGGUAAAUUACUUUAUGCCAAUGAACAAUUAAUUGAAACUUUUAAAAAGUUUGAUAUCAAAGCAGGAUAUUCACAAGCUAAUCCACCUCCUGCAGAAGAAGAAGAAGAGGUGAGCGAGAGCGAUGAGAGUUACUACUCUACUGACGAUGAUGAAGAUGUCGAAGAAGAAGAAGAAGAGGAUCUACCAGGGGACGACCUGAUUGCAGCAAGGUUGCAAUCAGUGAUGUUGGAAAACAGGCGACAACCUCCUCCUAUCCCGCAAGUGUCGAAACCUUUGAGUAAGGGGGUGCCGCAACUGAGUAGUGAGCACGAAAGACCUGCUCUUGCAAAAAUGGAAACUAGCGAAUCGUUGGGAGAUCCAUUUGGCGAUAAACAUACAGUGGGUUGA